CGGGAGGACUGAGGGAAAGGCACACGCGCUGCCGGAAGUGGGCGCGCGGCUCUCGCGGUCUGGACCGUGGCGGCAGAGCUGAGGGGUCGCCAUGGAGCAACUUGACCCGGACGCCGCCGGCGAAGAUGCCAUGGACUCGUUCCUGGAAAAGUUCCAGAGCCAGCCUUACCGUGGCGGCUUCCACGAGGACCAGUGGGAGGAGGAAUUUGAAAAGGUCCCCCUAUUUAUGAAGAAAGCGCCAUCUGAAAUUGAUCCCAACAAGAAUCCUGACUUGGCUUGCCUUCAGUCAAUUAUUUUUGAUGAAGAGCGAUCUCCAGAAGAACAGGCCAAGACCUAUAAGGAUGAAGGCAAUGAUUACUUUAAAGAAAAAGACUAUAAAAAAGCUGUGAUUUCAUACACUGAAGGAUUAAAGAAGAAAUGCACAGACCCUGAUUUGAAUGCUGUCCUUUAUACCAACCGGGCAGCAGCACAGUACUAUCUAGGCAAUUUUCGUUCUGCUCUCAAUGAUGUGACAGCUGCCAGAAAGCUAAAGCCCUGCCACCUCAAAGCAAUAGUAAGAGGUGCCUUAUGCCAUCUGGAACUGAAAAACUUUGCUGAGGCUGUGAACUGGUGUGAUGAAGGGUUGCAGAUUGAUGCCAGAGAGAAGAAGCUUCUGGAAAUGAGGGCUAAAGCAGACAAGCUGAAGAGAACUGAGCAGAGGGAUAUCAGGAAAGCAAAGUUGAAAGAAAAGAAGGAGCAGAAUCAGAACAAGGCUUUACUCCAGGCCAUCAAGGCUAGGAACAUCAGGCUAGUCUCUGAAGCUGCUGGUCAGGAUGAAGAUUCAGACUCAGAAGGUCUAGGUGAGCUUUUCCUGGAUGGGCUCAGCUCGGAGAACCCCUGUGGAGCCAGGCUGAAUGUAGACGAGCAGGGCAGGUUAAGCUGGCCUGUGCUCUUUCUGUACCCGGAGCACGCCCAGUCGGACUUCAUUGCUACUUUUCACGAGGACUCCAGGUUUAUUGAUCAUCUAAUGGUGAUGUUUGGUGAAACGCCCUCUUGGGACUUAGAGCGGAAAUACUGCCCUGAUAAUUUAGAGGUCUACUUCGAGGAUGAAGACGGGACAGAACUCUACCGGGUGCCUCUCAAGAGCACACUACUGCAGGUGCUGCAGCACCCCAGGUACUUUGUAAAAGCCCUGACACCAGCAUUUUUGGUCUGUGUAGGAUCCUCUACUUUUUGUAGGAAUUACCUCCAGGGGAGAAAAGUGCACCAGGUGAAGUAACCAAGCCAGGCGGAGCCAGGGCCCCUGGUUCUCCUCCCUCAUUCGCCUCUGCCUGGAAUCCAGCACCUUUGAAUCAGCUGAGCCCUACACUAUUUCUGCCACCCUGGGGAUAGUGGUGGGGGGAGAGCUGCUGACUUCCCUGAACUACAUUCUCUCUGGUCAAAGUGCCAAGCUCCAGCUGGUCUCCACUCUCUUCUGUUGAUACACAACUCUGUACCUUGGUCAUGACAUCCUUGGACUCACUGUGAGCUGUGUUACCAGCCUCUAUCCCUGAAGGGAUCAUCUUACAGUUACCACAGCAGCUGACCUAAGGAAGUCCUGGCCUGUGGACACGGACUCAGGAUCCAGUUGGCUGGACCUUUAUGAUGUUAGAGGCCUCAGAGAAGCUACCCCUCAAAUCACACAAAUAAUUUUAAGGCAUUCAGGCUGAGGGACUCCAACCUCCAGGUUCUCGUGAGCCGAGAGGCUUGCUCUUUGGGGAUACUGUUGUUCUUGGAGUGAGAUGAGGUCACGAAAGCUGGCUCCUGUUUUUGCACCUGUAAAGACCUACAGACCGGGAUCCUGCAAAACUCCUAGAAAGUUUACCAGUUUUCCUGAUCUGUGUAGUAGGGCAAACUGACAGACUUGGAUGGUGGACUCUUGAGUUCUUCUCCAGUUUUCACAUUUUAGGAUUUUGUGCUUUUUAAACAUCUUUUGGCAGUUGAGUCAUUGUCAUAGGUUGUAUUUUUAUGUGCAACUGUUGGCUCCCUCUUUCCUAGAGAAUAUAGCCACGGGACUGCUUGCAGUGUCCGCCCCGUCCCAUGGGGGAGGCAGAGGGACGGGGGUGGGCUCGUCCAGACCGGAGGUCAGAGAGCAUUGCGUGGUGCAUUCAUGCUUCCCAGCUGGCAGCUAUUCCGUCAGCCUGGGUGCCAGCAUGGUAAGACAUGGAACAGAGCUGAAGGAGCUGACCUGCAGCCGUUGAUUGUAACGUGAAUGAGAAAUAAAUGAGAUUUGGGGGUUGUUACUGUAGCAAAGCUAAGUAAGACAUCAUUAAACUGAAACCAGCUGCUGUCCUUAAGAUGGACUAAUUUGAGGUUUUGUGCCUUGUGCUUUACUGUCUUUGAAGGGCAGUUUGCUGUGGAAUAUUGACAACCAUGCAGCUUUCCUUCCAGGUGCGGGUCCCUGCAUGUGGCUUGUGGCCUGGAAGCUGAAGUCCCGCCUCCACCCUCACCUGGCUUAGGCCAUACCGAGGCCAGUGGCUCUCCCAGUUAGAGACUGGCUGUUUGGCUGUCUUUGUAAGAACUCGGCACCCUGUGAACGAGGCCGAACAAUUGGCCAGCAGCAACCCUGGCGGCCAGUGCAGCAGCCGCACUGUCCUGGGGCAGAGCGGGUCCCGGUGUGCCCUCACUCAUCUGUGCAGCAGACGGCUUACUCAGCUCUUUUCCUGGACACCCCCUGAGAAACCAAGUUCUGAGACCUUCGUCCCUACCACCCAGUCCUUUCUUUGGGCUCCAGGCUGGGCCCUGCCCCUCUAGGUAGGGGGAGCAGAAGUAGAAAGGGGAGGAGUGACUUGGCAUGACAGACUGCAGACUACAGCUGGGACCCUGGUAGCUGCUGACUUGCUGUGCCUGUGAGGACGGAAUGCUCGGACCCUCCCUCUCAGUGAGUCACCACACCUACCUGAGAGGCUUGUCCAUUGCACCUCUGUGCAGGAUCAGCAGCAUCAGACCAGCAAGUCUCAACAGGGGUGACUUGCACCCCAGGGCACACCUGUCAAUGUCUAGAGACAUUUUGGUUGUCACAACUUGAUGGGAUGCUACUGGCAUCUAUGGGUAGAGGCCAGGGAUGCUGUUAAAUAUCCUAGGGUGUACAGGACGGCCCCCACAACAAAGCAUCGUCUGACAAACUGUCAGUAAUGCUGAGUUUGAGAAACACUGCACAAAAACUUCCAGAAGGAAAGCUCUCAAUGGGCAGAGGCCAGAUGGGGAUUUGUCUUAGUGCCCAGGCCUGACACACAGUGAGUGUGACACAUAGGGAGCUGUGGUGUGUGUGUGCCGAUGAGUGGAUGGAUGAAUGACGGAACUAAUGAAUGAAAAAAACCAGAGUUCUGUUCCAAGGACCCAUCUGCACACACACAAGCAUGAGCAAUGGCAUUCCUGGGCUCCAGCCCAUGUGCCUGGCCUUGCACCCUCUCCAAGAAGACUUCUGGCCUCCCUGGCCCAUGGGCCCUGCCUUCUCUGACCUCUGCCAUCUUCUGGUCUCUAGGGGAGUGGUAGAGCGCAAACUGAAGAGCCGGCCAUGGAGGCUAGGACUAGAAAUAAAGCCACAACAAGCAAGUCCUCACCCCUGCUGGGAGCCCUCAGCGGCUCCCCCUUCCCUCAUCAACAUGCUUGGUGUGGCACUCAAGGCCCUUUAGGGUCUGGCCCCUACCCACCCUUGCAGCUUCCUCGCUCCAACCUUAGCCCAGGCAUCCCAGACAUGGUUCAGCUAUGGGGCAGGAGGGUGCAGUGGCCUGAGUCUCACCUCUGGAGCCAGGCUACCUACCUUCCAGUUCCAGCCCCGCAACUCAGCUGAUGGCCUCAGGCCCUGUGCCUCAGUUUCUUCAUGUGCAACACAAAGAGCAUAAUAGCACCUCCCUCACACAGGUGCUGCGAGGGCUGUAUGAAUUAAUCUAUGUGACACCCAUGGAACAGCUUGCCUCUUAAGUGCUCACUCUAGCACAAUUAUUUUUUUACUCUCCAAUCAUGCCAUGCUCUUAGCUUUGGACCUUUGCACAUUCUGCUCCCUCUGCCUGGAGCAUUCUUACUCUCACUUGCACCCUUGCCUCCACCCCCAGCUCUUCCUCCCUUUCCUGUUUAACAUCUAGUCUUUAACCAGGCCUGGCUGCCUCCUCCAGGAAGCCUUCCUGGCCCCCUAUCCCGCAUGUCCCAUGGCACCUGUACCAUUACCACCCUUGCCACACUGCAUUUUAAUUGUCUACUUACUGGAUGGUUCCUCCCACUUCUUUGUAAAUUGAGUCAGGGACCCUGACCUGUGCACAUUUGUACUGCUGGCAUCCAGCCCAGCACCUGCUCAGCACACGGUAGGUACACAAAUAAUUAGCCGAUGGCCCAGAGGAAGGGGUGGUGAAUUCUAAACAUAUUAUGGGUGGAAGCCACCACCCAUGAUGGAUAUGGGCCAUGAAGUUGGGACAAGGACCUGGGAAGGGUGGUGAGUGUGGGUUGGAAAGACCCCGAAGCAAAGGCAAAGAGCAUGCUCCAGGGGGCGUGCAUAAGUGCCCUGGCUCACUAGUAACAGCUGCCAUCUACUGAGCACUGAGGAUGCGCCAGACCGUGUUCUCAGUGCUUUAUGCGGACUGGCUCGCUCACUUCACCUGACAUGGAGGCUAGUAGUUUACAGUACCAUUUUACUGACAAGGAAAGGGGUACAGAGAGGCUAAGUAACUUGCCCAAAGUUAGCUAGCUAGUGAAAAGCAGAGCCAGGAUUUGAAUUCAUGACUCCCCUAAGCCCUUCAAGAGAUACUUGUAACAACUAGACUGGGCCUCUGCCUUUGAAGAGUUGGCAUGAGACCCAGCGGCCCUUUCCUGUUCACUCCAAUGUUGUGGUCAAGUCUUGGCAUUCAAUGUCAUUGCAAUGUCCCCAAACUGCCUGGGCAGAAGAGUCUAGCCUGCAGAGCCAGACUGCCAGAGCGUGCAGCAGACUCCCCACAGCACUCGACAACCUGCCAGUAGGGCUCCUGUCAGCCCAUGAGCUUUCUGGGUGAGCCUGAGUGACAAGUUCUUGCAAAUGGCAUGUCCUCAGUCACCAUUAACCAGUAAGUGCUUCCUCCUCACUCUCCUAGCACUACAGUUUUAUUUAGCCAAGAGCAAUUAGGCUUUAACCAUGGAAGCUCAUUAGCAGCCUUCAGAGCGGCUGGCUUAAGAGGAGUGGACAUCAUCCCUGCACCAAAGUGGUAUUUGAACAGGGGGACCCUGAAGAUGCCACCCCGUUUUGCUGGCCCACAUGCACCCCCCCCCCCACGACAUGCAAAGGGCUAAAUGGCCUAGUAUAAGGGCAGCUGCCACUUACCCUGCUGAGCGCCACUGUUGUUCCUGUUGCACCGAGGGAGCGCAGGAAGCGUGAGGAAGCAUCUCGCACAAGGUCAGAUAGCUAUCAAGUGGCCUAGGCAGACUGACUCCACAGUGUCUAGUGUGGGUCACUAUGAUGUAAGUCAUUAAGUGCAGCAUCUUGAGUUUUUUCAAGUUUUAAGUUUGCAAUAACAUAAAAAGUUUACCAUUUUCCACAUCAUAAAACUUUUCCUAACUCUAAAACAAAACCUUACAUGCCCUUGGAUGCACAGUAAUCCAUUCUAAAAAGCAUCCUGGCAUCUUGGUGUAGAAAUGGAUGGUGGGAACUCUGUGAAGUUCCCUGGCACUCAAAUAGUUAAGCAAACGACAAUUUCAACAGAUUUCUGCAAAAUGUCUUUAUUGAUAGCCCAGCAGGUGUUGCUUCCAUUAAAACACAGAAUAUUAAUGGAGCCCUUGAUUUACAUUCUAGGCUUGAUUUACACAAUGGCUUUGUUAUGCACCAGCUUUUGUCCCCAAGUAUUAAUUCUGCUAAAUAUUUCCCGGCCAGUUGCUUCUAGAUCUCCCCAAGGAAUGAGCAAUGAUAAUACAUCCUAUGUCUGUUACUUUGCCAGCAUCCCCAUUUCAUCAAUUUAUAGCAAGAGGUAACACUGGCAAAUUCAGACAGGAGGGAGUAAGGUACAUGGUCUGAGUAUCUGUCUUUCCUCUAUGGCGAUGGAGCCAUUCCAUGGGUGUCACUUAAUUCUUGCUCGUGGCGCUCCCCCCAGGAAGGUUAUAAAGCAUCACAUCAAGAAAACUAGAUCCAGCUCUUGAGCUACGUUACCGGCAGAUCCUAAGUCGUCUGGUGUGAAGGAAGUGUUUCCUGACAGCACAGGUUAAGUAUUUCACGUAAGCGAGCUUAGGCAACCCCCUGGGAGGUGCACUGCCAUGAGCACAUCUUACAGAUGAAGAAGCUGAGACGCAUAAAGGGCAAGUAAUUUGUCUAAGGUCACACCCCUGGUAAGUGGCGGAUCUAGGAUUAUGUCUCUUCCAGGUUCUGGUCUUUCCACCAGAGCAUACUGACCCUGGCUUCUUAGAAGACACGCUGGCUUAGUAAUCAGGACACCUGGGUUUCCGUUCAGCUUGCCUUUGGGCCAGUCACUGUACUCCCUGUAUUUGUCUCCCUUGGAAAAUAAAGAACAGCACCUGUUUCACACCUACAAGGCUUUUGUAGUUCAGAGGCUGAUCUAGCCAGACUUCUCUUGAAGCAAUAAGAUGGACCAGAGGUAGCCUGAUUUAGGGGACACAGCUCUUGGCCUGCAAUCAGGUGUUCUGCCAGUCAGAUGGUGUGUGGCAGGUUAAUUCCCACCCCAGGCUUGCUUCCCAUCUGUGAAAGGAGGGAUGGACAGGUGGGCCCCAAGUCCUCCUGUUCUAAACUUCCAUGAUUCUGUAUCGUCCUCAAACUUUUCUGUAACUCGAACAUUUAUGAAGAGUUUAAAGUUAAUUGGUUCUCUAUUCCUGAAACCUGGUUUUAAAAAAGUGCUUACAUUAGGCUAGCCCUCCAGCUUCCAUAGAUCAGCGUAUGGGGCACAAAUUUAAAAUUAAAAAAAGGUGAGUGGGAGGUACAGGCUUCCAGUUAUGGAAGGAAUAGGACACAGAGAUAAAAGGCACAGCACAGAGAAUACAGUCAACGGCAUUGUAAUAGUGUAUGGUGACAGAUGGUGGCUACACUUGUGGUGGGCAGAGUGUCAAGUACAGUUACUGAAUCACCAUAUUGUACACCUGAAAUGAAUGUAACCCUGUGUGUCAACUAUACUUCAGUAAGAAUUAAAUUUUUUAAAAUAUUAAGACAA